AUGGCCGGGCCCGUCGUUGCCGCUUCUUCGGUCCUGCUGCUGUUAUUGAGCACGGCCCAUGCGUCCUCUGUCGAUUCGCUGCUGGCCGAACCGUCGUGUGUCGAUUACUUGAAAUUGAGAUGUGCCAACGCGGGCACUGCGGCUGUGUCAAAACUUGACAUUCUGGAAUGCAUACAGCUCUAUGAGGAUUCCGAUUUUUCGGGAAACUGUCCAAAAGCCAUAUGGACUCAUUUAAAAAAGUUUAUGGCAAAAGAAAAUCUUCGAGCUGUACUAUGGCCAAAAUGUAGAUAUGAAAUUGAAAAACUCAACUGCGAACGAGACAAGAAUUGGUUUGGUUGCAUAGUUGACAAAAAACAGAGCAUUAGAAAUAAUGACUGUCUUCAUUUAAUAAUGAGAAUAGAAAAUAUAGCAUUUUCUGAUUUUAGACUAAUUACAAAUUUUUCAAACUCAUGCCAAGAUGAUAUAAAAAAAUUUCAUUGUUACAACACAUCUAUCACUGAUACAUUGUAUCGAGGACGUGUAUUGGAAUGCCUUCAAUCUAAUAUAGACAAGCUUUCUCCAAAGCAAUGUUUACCUUUAGUUUAUAAACUAUCCGAGUGGCAAGCAGAUAAUAUAAAAUUUGAUUAUUCCCUUCAUAUGGCCUGCUUAAAAGACAAAGAGAAAUUAUGUGCUGACAUCCCAACUGGUAGUGGUCUUGUUUACAACUGUCUUGCUGGACAUAUUGGUAGCGGACAAAUGUCACUUCCGUGCCAAAAUCAACUUUGGAGGAGAGAAAAACUGAUUUCUGGUAAUAUUAGAGUCAGUAAAGGAUUAACUAGAGCAUGUAGAGAAGACAUCCGCACAUACCGCUGUCGAAGAUUAGUAUCUGAUGAUAAGGAUGUACGCUUGGCACAACUUUUGCUGUGUUUAGAAAAUGCUAUACAUAAUGGCAGUAAAGUAUCCUCUGAUUGUCAAUUUGAAUUAAUGGAACAUCGAAAACUGUUACUCCAAAAUCACCAUUUAUCACCAGAGGUUGUUUCAACGUGUUCUAAUGAUAUUGAAAAAUAUUGUAGAAAUAAUGAAGUUAGCAGAAGAACAAUUCAUUGUUUAAUGGAUCAUUCUAAGCCAUCACGUCAAAAAAACCGUAUAGAUAAAGCUUGUCAAAAAUCAUUACAAAAACUUAUGCGCAUCACAAAUAUUGGUGAAGACUGGAGAGUAGAUCCUGUACUCCAAGAAAUGUGUCAGUCUGAAGUUGAUAAAUAUUGCUCUGAUAUACCUCCUGGUUACAACAGGGUGAUAUCCUGUUUGUUGGAAAAGUUAUUUGUGGGAUCAGUUCAAGAUAAGUGCAAGAACGCAUUACUGCCAGUUCAAUAUUUUAUUAAUCGCGAUUUCACAUUAGACCCUGCAUUAUAUCAAGCAUGUUAUUCGGAUGCAUCUAGGAUAUGCAAAGCCACUGGAGAUUGGAUUAAAGAAUCUAAAGAAAAUUUGAUUUUGCCAUGUCUUACUCAGUACUAUCGACCCUUUACAUCAUCUUCAACUGGAGCAAAAUAUAAAUUAAAGCCAAAAUGUAAAGAUCAAGUACGAAAAGUUAUGAUACAAAGAGCUAUUAGUGUAGAUCUAAACCCGGAAAUUGCUGAAGCAUGUAUUAAGGAUCUUCCAAACUUUUGUCACAAGAAAACUGGUGUCGGAGAGGAAAUGCUCUGUCUACAAGACCACUUUAAUAACAAAAAGAUGACCAAAGAAUGUAAGGAAUCUAUUAGGCUAUGGACCGAAGCACAAGCUGAAGAUAUUCAGCUAAACCCUGUUAUUAGAUUGCAUUGUAAACCAUUCAUUCAACAAUUUUGUUCGGCUGAACUUUUAUCUAAAGAUGAAAUUGGUAAAAAUGAUGUAAUGGACUGUUUAAUUAAAAAUAAAAACGACCCAGAGAUGAAAACAGAAUUAAAAUGCCGUGCUGCUGUGGAACAUUUUCAAUUGAUAUCUAUGAAUGAUUACCGUUUUACUUUAUCAUUCAAAGAAGCUUGUCGAUCAACUGUUAUUAGGUAUUGUCCUAAGUCUCGCACCAAACCAGAGGUUGUAGCAUGUUUAAGUGAAGUAGUACGCAAUGAUACUAUAACAGACUCUAAACAUAAAGUUACAAAACCAUGCCGACAACAAUUACGUGCUCAGUUAUUACAGCAACGUGAAUUCUUAGAUUUAGACCCAGUUUUGAAAAAUGCAUGUCAAAAUGAUAUUGCGAAACAUUGUUCUAAUAUGGAAUCUGGUUCAGCACAGGUUUUAGUCUGUCUUGAAAUGAACAAAAGCUUAUUGUCAGAUCAAUGUCAUAGAGUAAUAUUUUUAAUACAGCGACAAGAUUUGACGGACAGUUCAUCAGAUUAUGUUUUGUUAACAAAAUGUCAUAAAAUGUUGCAACUAUAUUGUAAAGAAGAAAAUUCCUCUCGAGCUUUAAGCUGUCUAAAGAAAUUCAAACAUGAUUUAACGUUUGAAAAACAAUGUCAGUCCAUUGUAAUUCAACGUAUGAUUGAACAAAGUGAUGACUAUCGACUGGAUCCAGCACUACAUCAUAGUUGUCAAGCAGACAUCAAUUUAUAUUGUAGUCAAAUAUUGGCUAAAUUACGUCCAGAGUCCGAGUAUAAUGGAAAAGUGUUACAAUGUUUAAAAGAAAAGUUUCGGCAAAGAAAGCUUAAGCCAGAAUGUGAAAAACAAGUAUCUAUUACUUUACGUGAAUCAGCACUAAAUUACAAACUAAAUCCAUUGUUACGAAGUCUUUGUACAACCGAGAUUAAAGAGCUCUGCCGAAAAGAAGAGCACAACGAAGGCAAUGGUGAUAUAGAAGAUUCUGGACAAGUGGAAGAAUGUUUAAAACAAGCAAUGAGUCAUGGGUUAAUAGAAAGUCGAGCUUGUCGUUUAGAAGUAGCUGGAUUGAUUGAAGAAUCCAAGGCUGAUAUAAAUGUAGAUCCAUUGUUGCAACGAGCGUGUUUUUUAGAUAUUACCAAGUACUGUGAAGAAGUACCUCAGGGAGCUGGAAGACAUUUACAAUGUCUACAAACUGUUGUUCAAUCCAAAACUAAAACGCUCAGUGCCAAGUGUCAUGACAUGCUAUUGCAGAGGAUGGAAAUGUUUAAAAACGCUAAGGCAUUGAUUUAUCCAGAGAGUUUACAACAGUUGUACGGACAAGUCGCCAAAUCACCUUCCAAGAAAUACCUAAUAGUAGUUUUGUUCACUUUCACGGGACUAAUAUUUAUAGUUGGUUUGUUUUGUGGUCGUGUUAGUCGAAGAAGUGCAAUUUCUAAAAAAAAAUAG